AUGCAGAUUCGUGGUGUUGUAAUUGUAACAUUAGCUCUUUUCUUGGGCAUUGGUGCAUUAGUUCUUCAUCUAUUGGCCAUGUGUUCACCUCGUUGGAAAGUAACUAAACGAGAUGUUGAACCAAUAAUGGCACCAGUUAGUUAUGGUCUUUGGCAACGAUGUGAAUAUUCAAAUAUAACAAUAUCGAAGCAAGGUGUUUCACUCGGUACUCGACCUAAUGUUCAAUUAUGUCGACCCAAUCAUUAUAUGAGAUAUUCACCAGAUAAAUAUGAUUUAUGUUAUCACAGGCGUCGUGAUUGUCCUGUAACUGAACCAGCAAAUUUACCUGAAGGUUGUUCAUGCCGAUAUUUACCAUCGGCAAAAGGCUUACAAUGGUUAACAAUCUUUGCUACUAUUUUUCUUAUUCUUGGCUUACUUUUACUGUAUUUAAAAACAAUAACAUCACCACAAAACGAUAGUGCUGUAUUAGUACUUAGUUUUGGACCUUUCGCCUGCUUUCUUUUAACAUUACUUUUUAUGAUUACAACACUCAUUCUUGUUGGUGCAUAUCUUCGACGUGAUACGUAUGAAGAUUAUACAUUUCCAUUGCGUAGCAUAUCAAAUGAUUCAAAAGGUUUAAUAGGUUUCGAAUUGCAUAGUCUUCGUAAUUACGCUAAACAUUUUGAAUCGAAAGUUCCAUAUGAUCAAUAUAUUGCUGCUGAACGUGAAUUACGUGCUGAUGCUAAUACACAUUAUCAUACAACUAUUGGACGGGCUACUGUAUUUGAAAUUAGUGCAACAGUAUUAAUACUUAUUGUUAAUGCAUUAACAUUUUUACUUGCAAGUGCAUCAAGAUCAGAUGAUGUUUAA